AUGGUAGAGGCAGCGACGCUGAAUGAAGUACUCAUUUCUACCAAGGACGUGGUGAGGACGGCGCAUGAUGUUACCAUCAAUACCAAGGCACUCGACGACUUCGCGCGUUCUCUGAGGGGGGAUGCUAGGACCGCCGCUAGACCGUGGGACCAAUGUGACUGUCAUUUGAUUGUUGAUGUCACCACUGAUGAUGGAGCAGAACUCACAGCAUUGUACGUGCUGCUAUUGGAUUGUAUGAACUUCUGUUUCUGGCCAGCUGGGAACUUCGAAUACGAGCAGCUGGGUAAUGGUGUGAAGUGGGCUCUCACUGGCCCUCAGGGGUCCGAGUGGUGUAAGAUGGACCGUCUCGCUGAGGUAACAGCUGAUGAGGUCUGUGAUUGGUUCAAUCAUGGUGCUGGGAUAGUAGAUGAGAAGGACGGAUGGAGGCCUCAGGAAUUCCCAUUGAUCAGCGAGAGAGUCCGCCUAGUUCGGGAGGUGGCCAGGGGCCUUCGAGAUGAAUAUCACGGCUCGGCGUUAGAACUGGUCGAGUCGGCUGAUGGGUCUGCGUUGCGGCUUAUGCGAAUACUAUCAGCUCAGUUCUCUGGCUUCAGAGAUCAAGCUAUCGACCCUGAUACUGGCCGACAGGUUUUCCUAUAUAAACGAGCCCAGAUAUGCACAGCGGAUGUUUGGGGAGCAUUUAGGCGUGAUGGGAAGAGUGUGAGAGAGAAGCUCAACUUUCGAGAUAUGAGGGCUCUGACGAUGUUCCCUGAUUAUAGGGUCCCACAGCUGCUGCGUCAUAAGGGAAUUCUCAUAUAUAGUUCGCGAUUGGAGAAUAUAAUCGACUCGGGACGGACUAUACCGGCCGGGAGUCGGACGGAGCUCGAGAUUAGAGCAUGUACUGUGCACGCGUGCCAUGAGAUUGUCGAGAUUGCCCAACGGGAAGAUAUUUUCGAUGUGACAUUGGACUGGUUGUUGUGGCAGGAAGGGGAGGCUGUCAGGGAUGAGAUCAAACCCCAUCAUCGUACUUUGACGAUUUUCUACUGAGUUACUGAUAC